AUGGCGGUUCCAGUGGCACCACCCACCAACAUUGUGGCCCAAAACAGUGGCAAGGGAAAGUACCAAGAAUGCCUCAAGAACCACGCUGUCUCAAUUGGCAAACACGUUAUCGACGGCUGCAUCGAGUUCCUGCCGGGGGGUAAGGAGGGCACCCUGGACGUGCUAAAAUGUGUUGUGUGCAACUGCCACCGAAACUUCCAUCGUAAGGAGACCCACGACACCUACUCAGUGCCCUUCCACCACCACCACCCACCGCUGCCACCCCCAGUUCCAUUUGCAACAUACUAUCGUGCCCCACCGGGGUACCUACACAUGGCGGGGCACCAACGUGCCAUGCUGGCACACCCGUCCUUGUCAGGAGGAGGUGGGGCCCAGCCUCCCUUGGAAGACCUGGAGGACUCGGACCCUACUAGUGGUGCCACCACUCAUGAUGGGUCUGGGUCGAGCAGCAAAAAACGCUUCAGGACCAAAUUUACCCAGCAUAAAAAAGACAAGAUGUUGGUCUUCGCUGAGAAACUCAGGUGGAGGAUGCAAAAGAAUGAUGAGAGCGUUGUGCAAGAGUUUUUCUCCGAAAAUGGUGUUCAACGUCAUGUGCUAAAGGUGUGGAUGCAUAAUAACAAGCACACCUUAGGUAAGAAGCCCUAGAGGCUAGAAGGAAAAAAUAAAUCCACCCAUUUUCCCUCUUUCUCUUUCUCUCUCUCUCGCUAUAUAUAUAUAUGCUUCUAUGUUUUUAGUUACCAUAACAAUAAUAACAGCCAUCAUUCCAAGCUAGAAGCUCAACGUUGAAGCCUGGGAGAUUGUGUUGUUGAAUGUCUAAUAAGUCUGCUCAUGCUAGCUGGUCAAGACAUUAGUU